AUGUUGGCCAUACAUAAACGUCGCACAUUAGAUUUUUACUAUAAGUCCAGAUAUGUGAUAGAAUAUGUUCGUUUUCAGUCGACUGAGUGUUCUGAUACUGCACAACUAGAUGCAAAUGGUGCAGUCAUUUCACAUUUAGCGGAGAAAUUGAACAAUGAAACAACGGAAAGGGCAAUCAACCCGGUCACACCAGUAUCCACCGGCGUAGUUAGAGGCAGUAUACUUCCACAGUACGUUUCUCUGAAGAAAUACAACGAUUCUCAGGAUUUGAUACCAAGAUUGUCACACAAGCUCGAUAGAACGUUAUUCUCACCGGGUGUACAUUAUUUACAAGAUCCACGGACACAUUUUACAAAUUUUGAUGCUUCUCUAUUAAGCAUACCACAUCUGAAUGAAUUGAAUAUGGAUAAAAUCAGUAAUUUUAUCCCGUCUUCACGUGAUACAAAACUAUUAGACAUAUCGAAAGACUUAAACUCCAAUAAAACAGGUAAACAUUCAGUGAAUUUUUUUUCAUCUACAUCAUCAAUGACUGGAGUUUUAACCAAGUUUCAUAAAUUCUUGAGUGGAAAUAGACCUAUCAAUACAGGUAAUUUUUCUAAGGUUUUCCCAUCACAGACUACUUUUACUAGUACAAUUGAUGUACCUACUUCAUUAGUGGUGACACCCAAAGAUGAAGAUGCAACUACAUUUUCUAUUGAUGCAGAUAGAUCUACUGAUUCCGAGAUCACACUAUCUGUUCUAGGUAAUGCAUUAGAAUUGAUGCUUACCAAAAAGCCCAAAGAGUUCAACAAGUACUUGAAAUCCUCAAAACUUGAACCAGAAGCUGAUAAAUCGGCGUAUCAUUAUGCCAAGAUUGGUAAAUUCUUAAUUAGAUCGCAGCUAGAUGCGUUUCAUCAGAAUUUACCUGGAAGGGGUACCUUUGAUAUUAAAACUAGAGCAGUCUGUGCGAUUAGAUUUGACCUAGCACACACUGAUUACUAUCCAACGAAUUAUGAGAUUGUGCGUACCCACGGGUUAUUUGAAAGCUUUGAACGUGAAUUAUUUGAUGCUGCCAGAAUUGUUAUGUUUAAGUAUGGACUACAAGCAAGGCUGGGAAAUAUGGACGGUAUUUUUAUGGCGUUCCAUAACAUCAAGAAGUUUCUUGGCUUCCAAUAUCUUCCACUUUCCGAAAUUGAUAAUAUUUAUUUUGGAGAUAUUUCAGACGAAUUCACUAGGUAUGGCGAGAAUGUACUAGUAAAAACCGGUAGCGACUAUAAUAAGAAGGGUGGAACUAAUACAGAUGAUAAGUCCAACAAAGCUGGUGUCAGUAAUCAAGAAUUUCUGUCAAAUAUUGUUAAUGACAUAGGAAACCAUUUUCAAACGAAGAGGGAGGCAUUAUCAACGUACGUUGCUAAUAAAGAAUUGAGAUUCUCUAUGAAAUUACUGGAGAAUUUGAUGGAUGUAAUAUUAAAGGAUACUGGAGGUGUGCCAUUUCGAAUGAUCUUCAAAAAAAUGAAGGGUAAGAAAGCUGCAGGUAUUGAGAGUCGGGAGGAUGAAAUUUUUGAUGAUUCUUCCCCGUUCAACGAGAAAUCCAGUGAUGGUAGGAUGGUUGUAAUUGUGAAUACCCUCACUCCGGAAGAACUGACUGAACUGCAAAUGUUAUCCAAUGAAAAAAUUGAAAAAAGUAAAAUCCUACUAAAGAAUUCACAAGAUGAAAAGAUGAGUACGACCGCCAGAAUCAAGUUUUUCUCUAAAUAUGCAUCUGAGUUCAAGGGUAAGUUUUUCAGAUUAAAUAAGCAGAUAUUGAAGAAUAGUAAAUCCAAUGGAGGAUUUUUUGGUUACGAGAUCAACAUCCAACACUUCUUCAACGACAAACCAAGCUCGGAUAAGUAUCCAAUGCCAUCAGUUGAUAUACUGGAGGAUAAAAAAUACAAAUGGGACAUUAAGUACUCAGUUAAUAAGAUAAACGAAGAGGCAGAUUUAGUUUACUUAUUCAAUAAGUUUGUCAGUAAUAUUGGAUACUCUGCGUUCCGCUCAAGUGAAAGUGAUGCUAAUGUUGAUGUUUACACAGAUGAUGGAUAUGUGCAGAUUGAUGAAAAUGCGUCCGAACUACAAAACAUAACAAGGGCAUACAGCGCAAGAGCAUUGAAACGUAAGUCUUUAAAAGUUAAAAAAUGA